ACAACUAACGUUUGGAUUACGAUGACAUUAUGAACCUUUUCCACUCAAACUUCAGAAGACUUCGCCUUGUGUCGGCACAGCCACAGAUCUCGAUGCUUUGCUUUGGAAUUUCUGCUCCAUAUCCAUCAAAUUCCACUUUUGCUGUUUGUCUCUGUCAUCUGAAAAACUUUGAGGCACAAAUUCUUUCCAGAACUUUGCAACCCAACAAAUCGAGACAGACGUUUGCAGAAUUACACUUGGACUAAAAGUUGAACCAAUUCCCACUUCUGGGAUGAAUUUAACUGAGGCCAGGUUGUUUAGAGAGACUCUUCUGCACCCAGCCCAGGUGUCUCUCAGGGGCCCCUGGACAUCCAGAACCCCAAGUCCAACUUCUGAUCCUGAGAUGGGUUUUGAACAGAACCUCUCUGGGGACUGCAGUUCUCCUGAUGGCCUUGGACACGGGAGCAUGAGGAGAACGGAACCAAGGAUUUCUAUCACGCCCAGUUCAGGUGGACAGAGCCCAGACCUGAACCAAGCAGGAGGUGUGUCGGUUGGCUCGGCAGAUGGGAAGGCCGUGGGGGGUGAGCAGAGGAUUCGCAGACCCAUGAAUGCUUUUAUGGUGUGGGCCAAAGAUGAGAGGAAGAGACUGGCCCUGCAAAACCCUGACCUGCACAAUGCUGUGCUCAGCAAGAUGCUCGGUCAGUCAUGGAAGGCCCUGAGUGCCCCAGACAAGCGACCAUUUGUGGAGGAAGCGGAGCGACUCCGAGUGCAGCACCUCCAGGAUCACCCAAACUACAAGUACAGACCUCGCCGAAAAAAGACCACCAAAAAACUCAAGCGGGUUGAACCGGGGAUUCUGCUUCACAGCCUAGCCCAGGGUGGUGCAGCAGGCCUUGGGUUGGGACCAGGCAUCAACCCCAUGGGUGUGGACGGUGGAGGUUCUGCAUAUGGACAUCCGGGCACUCACCCUCAACAUCACCACCACCACCCUAAUCACCUGCUGCCUUCUCUGGGGCACUUCAGAGACCUCCAGGCUCUGGGACACCCAGAGUUAGAAAGCUACGGUCUGCCCACUCCAGAGAUGUCCCCACUGGAUGUUCUGGAAGAUGGAACUGGGGAAUCAGUGUUUUUCCCCCAACAUAUACAAGAGGAAGGAGGGAUGGGAGGUUGGAGUGGGUACCACCACCACCACCACCACCACCUUCACCCUCAUAACCAACACUACAGCCCUCACUACAACAACCACAAUCACCACAACUCCAUGCACAGUGCAGCAACACACAGUCAGGGUCCAGGAAUGAGUGCCGGUGCCAGUUUAAGCACAAAUAUGAAUUUCACUUUGAGUCCAGGUAGAAACUCCAGAAUUGACUCGAGAAUGAGCUCCGCCGAGUCAAACAUGACCUCCAGCAUGAGCUCCGUCACUUCAGCUUUGGGAAAUUCGGUCAACUCCAGGUUGAAUCCCACUCAUGCCUCUGGUCACCAUAUUGCCUUAAGAAGUGAUGUUAAGUGCCAACCAACUCUUACCACCUCCCCCUCCUCUGCUUCCUUCACCCAGGCCUCUAUCAGCCUCUCUGAGUCAAUAAAAUGCCAUCAAGCGCCCCUAAGCACCGCGCAUGGUGGCUACUUCAGUCAGAUGUAUGUGAAUGGCAACCCAAAUGCUUCCCAUUUCGCCCCAUCUCCCCUCGGUCAGCUUUCCCCUCCUCCUGAAUCCUCUCCCUCUUCCUGCUCUUCUUCUGUCCCCUCAUCAACCUUUCUUACCCCUGUUCACUUAGACCCUUCAAACUCUGAGUCUGCUAGCCAUUUGGGGUCUUCCUCGGCUGAGCUUUGGUCUGGGGUAGAUAGGCAUGAAUUCGACCAGUAUGUGAAUAUCGGAAGGAAUCGGGAGGAGGCCUUUGGACUUGGUGUCGGGUCAAAGAUGCUGGGUGGUUGUAGCAUGAGUAGCAGUAUCGGCAGUGCCAUGAACAGGGAUGUCGGUAGCAUUCUGAGUGGUGCAAGUGGGUGUGAUGAAGGUAGCAGUCCUCUUAUAUCUGCUCUUUCUGAUGCCAGUAGUGCUGUCUAUUACAGUGCCUGUAUCACUGGAUAAAAUGAUUGAUUUAUCUCAGACAGUAUGUACCUCUGUGAAUACAAUUUGGUUCAUCUGAAUCACUGCUGUGUAUGAUAGGGAGAAAACAUACAUCUUUGCUGGAGUUUUGACUUGGCCCAAUCAUUGUCAUGCAAUUCACUCAUGGAUUUCCACUGUGAUUUGAAAAGUUCCAUUUAACGAUUAUUGUAAAUAAAGUGUUAUUAUUAGUUUAUUCUUUUACAAAUGCUUGCUGUUGCUCGGGCAGCAUUGAGCUAAAAUGUGUUAACUGGAAAAAAAAAAACAUUACUGGUAUAGAUGAAGCUCACACCAUGUGCACAAUAAUCACACACAAUAUCUUUUGUCGGAUUUUCUUUGGGGCCACGUUUUGAAUAUCAGCCACUGGCAAUUUUGCAUGGAGAAUCUUUCACAGCAGGUUUUUGGAUUUUCCUGAGCAACUGCAAAAUUAGCUACCACUGGUUUCUUGGCCAAUAGAGAUGGCCUUAUGUUGUGAUAAUGCAUGCUUUUUGCAUUAUUUAAAUAGGACAAAUUGGGUCUAUGAGUGGGGGCAUUGGAUUAGAUUACAGGUGUGACAGUACAGUUGCAGGAAGAUGACUGCACAGUGCAUACUAUGGUCAUCAGGAAAAACUGUGAUGACUCUGAAGAAUAUCUCACGUUAUUUUUUGACACCUCAUCUCAGGAGUGGCCAAAUAUUCAUCUCCAAUGAACUGAAUGAAUUUAUCUGAAAAAUCACGAAGCACAAUGAAGGACAAACUUGGUAGAUGGACAGAAAGAAACAAAGACUUGAUGGGAGAGACUUGAUCCAGCCUCCACAUACAGUAUAAUGGUGUUGGGAAACCCUUGGCCUCAGAAUCAGAGCAGACCACUGAUGUCUCCCACAAACUAUCAGGGUGCUUUACCAGUUUUUUUUCUGUCUGUGAUAAAUACUGUUCCCUCUCUAUCUCAGUCCAUUACAGGGGCCUCAUGUCAAACUCCAUGCCAAAUUCUGUAAGUUUUAAGUUGCCUCGUUUCUGGGCAAACGUGAUAUUUUGAAGUCCAUUCCUUUUGACCAGUGAAGCCUCUCUGCCCUAAUAAACAUAUCACCCGUUUCAACAAAGCUAAAACAACCCUUCAAUUUAAUUUCAGCAAAUUACAGAAAAUUGUGUUCUUCAAGGGAAGCGGUAAUUAAAGACGCCGUCAUUAACGACAUCGGCUGCUCGCAGAUAUUGGCAGGAAGCCACUCGAAGUACAAAUGGUUCCACGUUAAAUGAUCCAAGUGCAGGAUAUUAUGAUUUUUUUUGGAGACUUUGAUUUGAUGUAGCGAUACACAGUAGAUGCUAUCCCUCCUGGACAGUAUAUGAGGGAAAAACUGAGACUAUGAAAUGUUCUUUUGCACUGGGUUUUAUGUCUUAGCUGUAUAGAAGGAACACUACUUAUUACAAAUUUAAAAAAAAAAGAAAAGGUUCAUCAAUUUAAAAUGAUUUGUACAGAAAAUAUUCCGUGUUGUUGUUCUUUUCUUGUUGUUGUUGUUGUUGUGUAAUAGAUUAUUAUUUAUCUCGAAGGACUUAAUGUUGUGUUACUAAAAGUGAAAUGAGACUGUGGUCACGUUUGUAAGACGAGUACAAAAGUGGAGUCAGGAAGCACUUAGCCUAGCUUAGCAUAAAUGAUAAUUACAGAGGGAGUUAUGUCCUGUAGUUACUGCUCCUGGUUGGCCAAUAAAUAAUUACUUUAAACUAUACCUCCACACAAAACCAUACGCCGUUGGUUCUAUUUCACUGUUUGUGUGGAUGAAAUAACUGAGCUGCUAGAUGUUCAUUUGCAAACUUUCAAACAAAUGUGUAUGUGCCGCAGCUGUUAUGCUAAGCUAAACUGUUUCCCUCCUGCCUCGAGCUCUGUAUUUUUUUAUAAACCGAGACAUUCAUAUUCUCACCUGUCUAAAGUUUUUCCCAAAAUGUCCAACUAUUUCUUUCAAGGUGAUUCAAAUAUAAAGCAGUGAGUUUCCACUGAUCUCAUUUCUGUGUGUGUGUUUGUAUAAGCUUCCUUUGCAGAAUUGUAAUGAAUCUCCAUGGGUCUUUAAUGGGACAAAAAAAAAACCCCUCCAACACCAGUAUUAUUUACCUUAAUUGCUGGAAAUUAAAAUCAGAAUUUGUGGUUUGGGCUGAGAAAAUGAAAAACCAACAGUUGUAGCCACUAUAAUGGUCUCUCUCUCUGUCUCUCUUUCUCUCUGUUUAUGUAGCCUCUACCCUGUCGUAGUUUUGUAUACAGCCAGAGCGAAAACAUCUCCCCUCAAAGACUUACGCUCCAUCUGUUGUGCAUUAGUCAGACAGACAAUACUUUUUUUGUACAUGAAACAGUAGAACAAAAUCGAGUAUCCUGUACAGUGAAGCCAGUUCUAUUUACCACACCGUUCCUUGUGGCUGCCAUUGGUCGAGAAGAGAGGAACAUAAGAUUUUUCAAAACAUUUCCUCUGGAAGGACGCAGUCACAGGGUAACAACAGUUCAAGCUUAAAGCGUUUAAAAAAAUAUAUAUAUUUCUACAUCUGCAUUUGACAUUCUUUUCUGUUGACACCAAACAGUCUUGUUUCCAUUUUAAUUGACUGUGACACACAAAGAACAUCAGACACAGGCGUCUUUGGAGCCGUGCAAUAACUCUGGGCUUUUGGUAAUAAUUAUCCUUAGGGGGGGGAAAAAUGGAACAUCCAAGAUUUUGGAAUUAAAACAAAGGACUUUUUUUUUUUUCUGCUGUCAUAUAAUGACAAAUUAAAUCCAGGAUUUUCCCAGAAGUGUCACUGUGAUUCUUCUAAAUCUGUCUGACAGGGAUCAUUUUUAUAUUUUCCUAAGUGUGAAGAAUUGUUUUGUUUUUGUUUAUAUUUGAAAGCUGUGGGAUGGCUGUAAAUUGAUCUGUUAUAUUGUUAUGUUAUAAUUCACAAAAUAAACACUUCUAAGGUUG